GCUCCCGGGGGAGCGCGCGGCUGCGUGACGUCACCGCAGGCAUUUAAAGGGACCGCAGCAGCCGCCGCCGUCCCCCCGGGAGGUCCCCGGGGAGCGCUCGCUCGGUGCCGCCGCCGGUCCUGCCCAGCAGGUGUAGCUUCCAAAAAAGCCCCUUCCCUCCAGGCUGAGAUGGGCUCAGUCUGGUGGCUGCUGCUCUGCAUCCCCCUGCUGUCACCCACAUCUGCUGGGGGUGUGAUCCGAGUUUAUUACCUGGGCAUCCACGAGGUGAACUGGAACUAUGCUCCAACUGGGAGGAAUGUGCUUGCUAACCAGAGUAUUGCACGUAACAGCCAGGCCUCAGCAUUCCUGCAGUCUGGGAAGGACAGGGUGGGAAGCACCUACAAGAAGGCUGUCUACAAGCAGUACACAGACUCCACAUACACCACUGAGAUCCCCAAGCCUGCCUGGCUGGGCUUCCUGGGGCCUGUCAUCCGAGCAGAAGUGGGGGAUACCAUUCAAGUACACCUAAAAAAUUUUGCUACUCGACCAUAUACAGUCCAUCCUCAUGGUGUUUUCUACAAAAAGGACUCUGAAGGAUCCCUGUAUCCUGAUAUGUCCCCCCAGGAUCAGAAGAAGGAUGAUGCUGUUUUCCCAGGAAGGAAUUACACCUAUACUUGGACUGUCCCUGAAGAUCACAGUCCAACAGAUGACGACCCAAACUGCUUGACCUGGAUCUACCACUCUCAUAUUGAUGCACCUAGGGACAUUGCAUCUGGAUUAAUUGGGCCUUUGCUUACCUGUAAAACAGGAACGCUGACUGGCAGCUCUCAAAGGCGCUCGGAUGUGGAUGUUGAUUUUUUUCUGAUGUUCAGUGUGGUGGAUGAGAACCUAAGCUGGUACCUGGAUGAGAACAUUGCAUUGUUCUGCACAGAUCCUGGCUCUGUGGACAAAGAAGAUGAGGAGUUUCAGGAGAGCAACAAAAUGCACGCUAUUAAUGGUUAUGUGUUUGGCAACCUCCCUGAGCUGAAGAUGUGUGCUGGGGAUUCUGUUUCAUGGUACCUCUUUGGGAUGGGCAAUGAGAUUGAUGUUCACACAGCCUACUUCCAUGGAGAGACACUCAAAAUCCGGGGCCACAGGACAGACGUGGCCAGCCUGUUCCCAGCCACUUUUGUCACAGCAGAUAUGAUCCCCAGGAACCCUGGGAGAUGGCUGCUGAGCUGCCAGGUCAAUGAUCACAUACAAGCUGGGAUGGGGGCACUCUAUGAGGUCCGGCCCUGCUCUCGGCAAGCUGCAGCCGCCAGCCUGGGAGGGAGAGUUCGGAGAUACUUCAUAGCUGCCAAGGAGGUGCAGUGGGACUACGGCCCCUCAGCCCUCGACCAGCUCACUGGGAAGCAGCUCACUGACCCUGACAGUCCUGCUGAGCAGUAUUUCAAGCGCAGCCUCUACCGCAUUGGGGGUGUCUAUUGGAAGGCAAAGUAUGUGGAGUACACUGAUGAGAGCUUUCGAGAGGAAAAGCAGCAAUCAGAAGAGGAGAAGCACCUUGGAAUACUUGGUCCGGUGAUCAAAGCUGAAGUUGGUGACACCAUCCUGGUGACGUUUUUUAACAAAGCCUCCUGGCCCUUCAGCAUCCAUCCACAUGGAGUGUCCUAUGGGAAGGCAUCAGAGGGGAUGUGGUACCAUGAUGGCCUGUCCCAGAAUGGGGUUUCUGUGGCACCACUGCACAACUUCACCUACCACUGGACUGUGCCAAGGCACGUGGGGCCCACAUCCAGUGACCCUCCCUGCCUCACCUGGAUGUACAGCUCAGCUGCAAACCCUGUCAAAGACUCCAGCUCGGGCCUAGUGGGGCCUCUGCUCAUCUGCAAGGCAGGCACUCUGGAUGACAACAACAAGCAGAAAGGGAUCGACAAAGAAUUUUAUCUUCUCUUCAACGUGUUUGACGAGAACCUCAGCUGGUAUUUAAAUGCCAACAUAAAGUACUACUUGAGGAUGGAAGAGACAUCUGUGGAAAAGGAUGAUGAGUUUGAGGAAUCCAACAGGAUGCAUGCCAUCAAUGGACUUAUGUUUGGUAACUUGCCUGGGCUGGAUGUGUGUGAAGGAGACAGAGUGUCCUGGCACCUCCUGGGCUUGGGCAGCGAGGCAGAUGUCCAUGGAGCUGUGUUCCAGGGCAACACCCUGCAGAUCAACGGCAUGCGGAGAGAUUCAGCCAAGCUGUUCCCACACACGUUUGCCACUGCUUUCAUGCAGCCUGAUCACAGUGGGACUUUUGAGAUCUACUGCCAGACGAGCAAUCACUACCAGUCUGGGAUGAGGCAGCAGUACAGCGUUUCCAGGUGUGGCAGGACGGGCUCUGCCCAUCACUACAGGGGAGUGAGGACGUUCUACCUCGCCGCUGAGGAGCUGCUCUGGGACUACGCGCCCGACCGCAGCUGGGAGAGGGAGCGCCACAACCACUCUGCACAGAGCUAUGCUGAUGUGUUUCUGAGCAAUGAGAAUGGACUGCUUGGCUCCAAGUACAAGAAAGCAGUUUACAGGGAGUACACAGAUGGCACUUUCCAAACCCCCAAGGCCAGAAUAAGUGGUGAAGAGCACCUGGGGAUACUGGGCCCUUUUCUGUGGGCGGAGGUGGGCGACAUUGUCAACGUCGUGUUCAAGAACAACGCCUCACGGCCCUACUCCAUCCAUGCACACGGGGUGCUGGAGCAGCAGGCUGGACACCCCCAGGUGGCAAACCCUGGUGACAUUGUGACAUACCGCUGGGAAGUUCCUGAGAGAGCUGGGCCAGGGCCAAAUGAUUCAGCCUGUGUGCCUUGGAUCUACUACUCUGCAGUGGACCCAGUAAAGGACAUGUACAGUGGGCUGAUCGGGCCCCUGAAGGUCUGCCGGAGAGGGGCCCUGCGCUCCAGUGGGAGCAGGAAGGAUGUGAAGAGGGAGUUUGCUCUGCUCUUCCUGGUUUUUGAUGAAAAUCAGUCCUGGUACUUGGAGGAGAAUGUGGAACGUUUCAGUAAGGGAAAUCACAAGAUCAACCUGCUGGAUGAGAAAUUUGUGGAAAGCAACAAAAUGCACGCAAUCAAUGGCAGGCUCUAUGCCACUUUGCCUGGGCUGACCAUGCAUGAGGGAGAGAGGGUGAACUGGUACCUGCUGGGAAUGGGUCAUGAGGUUGAUGUCCACACAGUCCAUUUUCAUGCUGAGACCUUCAUAUACAAGAAUGGCAAAAGCUACAGAGCAGAUGUUGUGGAUCUGUUCCCUGGGACCUUUGAAAUGGUGGAGAUGCUGGUUGGGAACCCUGGGACGUGGCUGCUUCACUGUCAUGUGUCUGACCAUAUCCAUGCUGGCAUGGAGAUCCUCUUCACUGUCCUGCCUAGAGGAGAGUCAGAGCUGGAAGACAUCACUGCCACCCCAGGGUUGGCACUUGAGGAUGAGGAUGGGUCCCAGAAGGUGAUGCUGUUUGGAUCUAAGGUGACCCAAGGACAGAUAGAGGCCACAGUCAUCUCCCUGGCUGUUGUGGGAGUGCUGCUGCUCGUGGCUGCUGGUGUGCUCCUGGGAGCAGUCAUCCAUCUGGAGAGGCAGAGGAGGCUACGGCGCAAUCGCAGAUCCAUCCUGGAUGAUGGGUUCAAGCUCAUGUCUCAAAAGAAUUCUGGGCUCUGAAAGCCAUGUACAAACACUGGGCUGUGUGCUUGGAGCUGGGGCUGGAUCCUUGUCCACAGCAAAGAUUUUGGGGCAUCAUUUCAAUUGUGCACUGUGCUUCUAGAAGCUGAGGAGGGAAAGCUGGAGCCCUGACCUCUUCAUAUAUUCUCCUCAGCCCUCCCCUCAGCCAUCUCUCUCCAGGAGAGAUCCAAGGACUCUCUGAACUGACUGAAGACAAAGAAUGUUUAAAAAAGCUCCUUCUGGAAUACUCUCCUUCCCCAAGGAAGAGAGGGGACAUUUUCUUCUCUCCAGAACAGCUCCAAUUGGUCUUUCCUAGAAGAAUAACUUAGGCCAGAUUCCAGUCUUGCUUCAUUGCCAGAACUGAGUUGGGAAUUGUUUCCCAAGAAACUGUGAACCAUUAAUGUAAUUAAUUUGAAGGAGAGAAAGAUAAUAUUUUCAGCUUUGUGAAUCAAUGAAGAAUACAGAAAAGAGAUUGUUAAUUUA